AUGAAGUCGCACGCCAAGAUGGAGGAUUUCAACGCCUCCACGCCUUACAUCUCGCCCUACUCGGUGGAGUGGGCUUUGCCAGGCACAGACGCCGAAGCCGAGAAGCGAGCGGUGGCCGUGGUGCACGAGCUCCUCUCUCUCACCCUGUGGAGAAAGAUGUCAAUUUUGAAGCUGGAGCAUUUUAGGAGGGAGUUUGGGCUGCCGGAGGGCACAGUGAGGAUGCUGCUCCGGCACCCCUGCCUCUUUUACAUGUCGAAUCGGUACAAGAUACAUACAGUCGUGCUCCGUGAGGGCUACGAGGGGUCAGAGCUGAAGGAGAAGGAUCCGGUGGUGUUGGCAAAGGAUCGGCUCGGGGAGCUCAUGCAGGAGGGGCUGCAUGAGUAUAACCAACGGCGGCAAGCGGUGAAUUUUGAGAAGAAGAGGAGGGGAGGGGAGGUUGAGGUAAAGAAAGAGAAAGAGGUGGAGGAUGAGGAAGCAGCGCGCUUGGAUAGUGCAGAGAAAAGGGAGGAGAGGAGGCGGUUUUAUAAGGUGUUGUUCGGUGAUGGCAAUCAGUAG